UCCGAGGCUAUGGAAAAGGAAAAGCCAUUUAAGUUGUUCGUGCCGCCGCGUCUGAGCGGUGGCCAGGUGUCUGCAGUCAAGCCGCAGGCCAGCGCUCGGGUCGCGGGGCUCGGUCAGGGUUUUAACAAAUGUCCAGGUGAUGAUUUUAAUUUGCCCUUUGUAAUGACAAGUACACCGAACCAUGGUGAAAUCACUGAUUCAGAUGCGAUUUCACAGCAAGUAAAACUUUGGUCUGAGAUAGAUGAAGAGAGUGUAGAAACAAUGAAUGAAUUGUAUUCAAAACUCUACAAAGAGGCUGAGAAGAUCAAGCGAUGGAAGGUAACUGUAGAAUCAGAACUGAAGCAGAAAGAGAGAAAAUUGCAAGAAAAUAGAAAGGUUAUUGAAGCACAGCGUAAAGCCAUUCAAGAAUUGCAGUUUGAAAACGAAAAGCUGAGUUUAAAACUUGAAGAUGAGAUAUGUGAAAAUAAAGAUCUUUUAAAAGAAAACAGUGCUUCAAGGCAUAUGUGUAAUCUGCUCAAGGAGACCUGUACUCAUUUCACAGAGAAGUCCACAAAAUAUGAACAUGAAAGAGAAGAAACAAGACAACUAUAUGUGGAACUUAAUAACAACAUUGAAAGAAUGAUAAUGGCAUUUGAAGAACUUCGUGUGCAAGCAGAGAACACCAGACUGGAGAUGUGCUUCAAAUUAAAAGAAGAAGCAGAAAAAGUGGACAAGUUUGAAAAAGAACACAAACUGGAAGUCAAUAUGAAGGAAAAACAGAUUUCAGUUUUGACCAUACAGAAUGGUGAAAAAGAUGAUGUAAUAAGAGAUAUCAAAACUCAAUUGCAGGAAUCAAAAAGUAAGAUUGCUGACUUAGAAGAAACAACAAGACAUGAAGGGGAAAUGUUAAAGGAAUCCCAGAUCAAUCAGGAUCGUUUGAGGGCAGAACUGGAAGAAGCUAAAGUUUCAUUGCAAAAAACAGAGACUAUUCAGAAGAGCUUAGAAACUGAAUUGCAGACUGCAGUGAAAGCAUUAAUUCAGGUCACUGGAGAAAAAGAAGCACAGAUGGAAGAAUGUAAAGAAGCUAAAGCUUUGCAUGCCUCCAUGGUAGAUGAAUUUGAAACUUCUAUUUCCAAUUUCAAAAGUUUGCUGGAAAAAGAACAAAAUAGAUUGAAGAAAUAUGAAGAUGAGUCAAAACUGCUUACCUUGGAGCUCAAAAAGAAGUCUGCUGAACUAGAAGAGAUGACUAAAUUAAAGUGUGACAAAGAAAUGCAACUUGAAGAGCUGUCAGAAACACUGGAAAAAGUUCAAGGACUUUUGGUGAAGAAGAAGUAUCUUGAGACUACUGUUGAAAAAUUGCAGGAGAGAGAAAAAGAAAUGAAAAAUAUUCUCCAAGUUAGAGAGAAGGAAAUACAUGAUCUGAAAGUACAGCUGACUGGUACAGUUGAAAAAAAAGAAACUUGUUUAAAACAGCUUAUGACACUGAAUGCAGAUCUUGAACAAGAGAUGCUAAAGAAUGAGCAACUAACGGUGGAUUUCAAUAAGCUUUUAUUAGAAAAAGAACAAAUAGCACAGGAGAAAAGUCAUAUAGCUGCAGAACUCAAGAAACUUCAAGAAGGUCAUGAGGAUAAUAGAAAAAAAGAAGAAAAUACAAAGAAGUUAUUAGAAAACCUGGAAGAAGAAAAUGGCCAGUUAAGAAAUGAACUGGAGUCUUUGAAGGAGAAGAUGGCAAAGGGUGAAGAGAUUAAAAGUAAACUGCAUGAAAGUGAAGAAAAUACUAGAAGUAUUGAAAAUGAAAUGUCAAGAAAGGAAAAGCAGUUAAAGAUUUUAGAAAAUAAGUUGAAUAAUUUAAAGAAACAGGUGGAAAAUAAAACCAAAUACAUUGAAGAGAUGCAACAGGAGAAUAAGGUGCUGAAAAAGAAAAUUACUGCAGAAAGCAAGAAAACAAGCCUUUAUGAAGGGAAGGUGAAUAAAUUACAGUUAGAGAUAGAAAAUGUGAACAAGCAACAUAAGGAAACAGUUGACAUCUAUCAAAAAGAAAUUGAAGCAAAAAAACUAACUGAAGAUAAACUUCUUGAAGAGGUAGAAAAGAUGAGGUUACUGGUUGAUGAAACAACAGUAAUACAGAAAGAAACCGAUAUACGAUGUCAACACAAGAUUGCUGAAAUGGUAGCACUUAUGGAAAAGCACAAGCACCAAUAUGAUAAAAUGGUUGAAGAAAAAGAUACAGAAUUAAAACUUCUUAAGAUAAAAGAGCAUGAGCAGUCAUCAGAAAAAAGAUCCUUGGAAAGUGAGUUAUCGUGUUUGAAAAGUGAACUGUCAUCCCUUAAGGAACACCUUAAAGCAGAAAUUGAAGAAAAGGAGAAUCUUGCAAAAGAACCCCCCAAAAACACACUUCCUGAAAAAGAAAAGAAACACAAGAAAAUACAGACUCACUUUUCUGAGACUCCUAAACUUCAUUUAGAUCUGGACUCUGCAUCUAUCAAUUCAAAAAAAAAAUUAUCUCCAAAUUAUAUUCCUACAAAAGUCAACAUAAUGGAAAAUAAAGAAAUGACUCCUUCAGCAUCUGCAAAAAGUACUUUGUGCAGUCCAUCAUUAAAGACAUAUGUUGUAAAGACUCCCCCAAUAUGUAAGCUACAAAGUGAAAGCACAAAUCUGCUUUCAGAAGGGUGUAUGAGGAAAAAGCAAAAAGUGCUUCUACAGCUGGAUACUCAGUCAGAUAGCUCUGAACACAGUGACCUCCUGAGCAUAGUCUCAGAAGAAGAAAUCUUUAAAAAAUUAUACAAAGAUUAUCCUCAAGCUUCACAGUUAUGUGCUAUGACACCAAAAAAGAAACCAACAACAUCAAACCUAAAAACUCCAGGCUCUGCACUGAAAAUUACAAGUAUGAGAAAAAUGCGAGAGGCUGGAUGGACUGCAGUUUCUAAAAUGGACAGGAAAAGAAAAAUGAAAGAAGCUGAAAAACUCUUUGCUUGAAAUUAACAUUAUUUGAUCAGUAUAACACAGAAUUAUUAUUCUUUCAGAGUUGGUACACUGUUGCAUUUUUCUGUCUUAUCCAGUAUGUGUUCAGUAUUCAUAUUAAUUUCAUUAUUCAGUAUCAAAUUAAUCUCAUUAAUUUCCUUCAUAUGAAUAAUCUUGGUAGAUACAUAACUACAGCAACCUGCAGAGCAUUUUCUGCGUUUCAUUCCAUAUGCUAUAAGAAGCCUAGAGACAAAAGUUAGCUCACUUUUUAACUUUGAAAUAACUACAAAGAAAACUUCUUUAAAAGGAAAGAUAUUUUGUCUGGCAUCUUCAAAACACUGGUUUUGAGGAAAUUCAGUUUGUUCUUUUAAAUUUACUCUCUUUUUUUAAUAAUAAUUCACAAAACGAUAUUAUUUAAUGCUGAAGCUUUUAAAAGGAACUUUUAUUUCAAGUUGUCUUGCUUUUGGUUCAUUUUACGUGUUCUUAUCUUUUUAGACUGCUUUGUUUUCAGUAGCCACAACUUCAGUAUGUUAAAAUAGUUCUGAAAUGUUUAAAAUUGUAUUUUCAAUAAAAAAUUACUUAGGUUUAAAAACAGUUCAGCUUCGUAAGGAAUAAGAUAUGCAUACUUAUAUUUUCAGAUUGUAAGCACAAUUUUGAGAUUUCAUUAAAUGGCUUAUCCAAAAUGUGAAGUGUGGGACUAAAUGUUGUUUCUUUAUGUAUUAGAAUACAGAUCUAAAUAGCCAGACAUCCUUCCUAAGGACUAACAGUUUCUGCCAUAUAAGCAUAAAAAUAACUUAGAGCAAAAUAGAUUCCGGUGUUAAUCCUUGCUUAAUCUUGGUUUCACAACAACAACAAAAACUUAAUUCAGUCCCUAAAGAUAACAAGAAGACUACAGGUACAUCUAUCUAAAAAUAUUAAGAAAAUUCAAAAUCCUGGCUUCAUCUGAAUUGGUUAGCAAAACUUACAUGUUUCAUUGUUUCGGAUUAGCAACUCUAUGCAUAGUUUAAUACUUUGGGCUCCUUACACCUUAUCUGUUGAGCAGCGAUAUUAAUGUUUUUCUUGUUGUAUGUAACUGAUAAAUAUUUUCCAAAGGUCUUAAAGAAUGUACUGUCUUUUUCUCCAUGUUUUUUAAAUGGAAUGUGUUGUGCAAGUGAUCUUUCUGAGAAGUUAGAAUGACUUUUCUUACUGGAGAGGUGUUUGAUACAUAUGUGGAAUAUUAAGUUUUUAUAAUACAUCUGCUUAAAUAUUAUAAAUCAGACCAAAGGAAAGAACAAAGGAGCUGCUUAUAACACACAAGUUCCAGAUGUCUGCUUUUUCCAAGAAGGAUUAUUUUACCAUGAGUACUGUAAAAUAAUCCCUGUAAACCUCUCCCAGGUAUCUUAAUUAUCGUUUUUAAAAACGUGCACAGAAUGUUGUUCAGAAUCCCUUAUUCUUCGUUUUAGUUUGGGAUGUUACUUACUAAUUUCUCUUUGGUUACUUUGCAGCAAAAGGGAAUGCAGACCUGUGAAACACAACAUAUGUGUGCAGUAUGUCAUUUAUUUUUAAUAGGGAUUGAUGUUUUAUACCAGACCUAAACACCUGCCUAUGAUCGUUAUUUCAUUUCAAGAUAACCUAUUCCUAAUUUUGAGUGUUGCUGUUGUUGAGUGUUGACAUCUUCAACAGGUAUGCACACUUAGCUCCUAAGCUAGUGACUGAGUAAUCAAAAAUAAAAUUUGUUUCUGAGUAUAAUAAAACUUCUACUACUUUGUCUUCUCACCUGUGGUUUACAUAUAAAUUGAUAAACUAUAAUUUUGCAGUAUUGAAGUUAAGAUUCAAAAUCCACAUCAAGUCUAGCCUACACAUUGAUAAUCUUGCUAAUUCCAUAAUAUGAGAUAUUUUUGCAGGAAGUCAUUUAAAUAUUGUUUAAACCAUUGCUAACUGAGACUUUACAUGAAAAACAAAUGUUUUCAUGUAUAUUAACCAAGCAUGAUUUCCAGCAUAGCAGUAUAUGUUCAGUAUCUGACAUUAUAUUAGAAGAAAUGGCAAGAAACUUAAGCAGGGAUAAUUAGAAAUGCUACUUAAGCAUUAAAACUACCAUAAGAAAUUUCUGCAUGUCAUAGUUAUUGUGAGUCAUGUGGUAAUGUCUUGAAGGUGGAGAAGAGUCCUUUUUCAUCUGAACAGGUAAAUAUUCAAGUCUGUACUGCCCACAUCUAGACUCAAAUGGUAAAUAAUCAGUUUGAACUUCAUUAUGUUCUGGUGCUGUCAUGUCAGGGUUGUAAAUCUGUGGUGCAUCAUACAGUCCUCCUGAUAUCACCAGUGUGUCAUCUGGUGUAUUGCAUAAAUCAUCUGCAAAAUUACAAAUAUACCGUUAUUACUAUUAUAAGAAAAAAUACAGGAAACUUAAUCAUCUGGAAAUGAUGUAAAAUCAUAUUUGCCUCAUAGUAUGCAUGUUUCUGUGAGUGGUCUAUAUAGACUAAAUAAAAAUGAAAAUAAAAACAACUAUUUUAGGAGCUAUUGUUUUUCCGAACCCACUCUGUGUCUUUGUGUGCAUAGUCUCAUUUAUAAGGGAGACAUUAUCUGUGUCCUGAACAAUGUAUAUUGCCACGAGGUAGCAAGUUAAAAGAACUGGACAGUGCGUAAGUUGUAUUC